GGUCAGGGCGCGCGCAUGUCCACACAGGAGACCCUUCCGGCUCCGCCCCUGGACGUGCCCGACUUGGUGGGACGGUGUCGCCCGCUCUCCUCCCGCGGGUCCCGGCCUGUGCAGAGCUGUGCCUUGGAUCACCCGAGUCCAGCCUGGCCGGUGGUCCUGGCACACAGCCUGCUUCCGGUCGUCGUCGGCGAACGGGAGUACCUGACAGGCUUCCACAAACGGAAGGUGGAGCGGAAGAAGGCGGCCAUCGAGGAGAUUAAGCAGCGGCUGAAGCAGGAGCAGAGGAAGCUCCGGGAGGAGCGCCACCAGGAAUACCUGAAGAUGCUGGCGGAAAGAGAGGAGGCCCUGGAGGAGGCGGAUGAGCUGGAGCGGCUGGUGACAGCAAAGACAGAGUCGGUGCAGUAUGACCACCCCAAUCACACAGUCACCGUGACCACCAUCAGUGACCUGGACCUCUCAGGGGCCCGGCUGCUGGGUCUUCCCCUGCCAGAGCAAGGGGACCUGGAUGGGUCCCAGGAGGAGAUGUCAUCCAUGGAGAAGCCAACCAAAGCCUUGCCCAGGAAGUCCAAAGAUCCCCUCCUAUCUCAGCGCAUCUCCUCCCUCACAGCUACCCUGCACGCACACAGUCGGAAGAAGGUCAAGAGGAAACCCCCUCGGCGGGCCCAAGACUCCACCAAGAAACCUCCCAGUGCAACUCGUACCAGCAAGACCCAGCGCCGCCGCAGGAUGGCCGGAAAAGCCAGGCACAGCGGGGAAUGAGCCCUCGAGAAGCCCGUGGGUCCCCAGCCAAAGUCUGUGGCUGUCCCUGCAACCCAGCUGUGCUGAGGACUAACUGCAACCUAAGCCUAAAACCAGGACUUCUGCAGCCCGGGGUGGGCUUCCUGAAGCCCUGGCCCCAGGAGCCUGCAGAGCUGUGUCAGGAUUUCUUCACAAAUGUACAUCCACCCGGAACUCAACAGUCCUUGAGACUCCUCA